CAAAGACUUCUAGAAGAACGGGCGAGAGCCAGGAAUUGAGGGGACAGACAAGAAUACACACAAUUGAACCUAUCCAAUCGUGCAACUGACUAAAUCCAACACGUGGCAUCCUUGAAAUCAUCGACCUGGAUAAUCGGCCCAUAGCACACUGUUUGCAUGCAGGUUUUUUGUGUUACACAACGGAUUCAUUGAGGCAGCAAUCUGCAGUUUGCCUCAUCGGUGGGCCUCAACUAGGAGGCCUACCACCACAUAACAGCAAAAUUGACGCCCCUCACAAUCACACAACCCGAUUGGGUAACUCCAAAGCCAACGCAUCACACUGCAGCAUAGCACACUCAUCAUAUAGAUCUGCUUGUGCCUGUCCAAAACUCACGCACCUUCGCUGCUGACUUCUGAUAAACUGCGUGAAUUCUCGCCCAACAACAUUUCGGAGUACCAGAUCCCGAAGCACCUGCCUCAUCUAAUCUAUCUUUUUAACGCCUACAUAAUGAGGGGCACUUUGCAGCCCAUCCAGCAUCUAAGACUAGAGUCGCUCCCGAAUUCUCCCAGUGAAGAAACCAAGCAAACAGAGUCGGCCAAGGCGCUCAUCCAAUCCUACCUACGACAACACCUGGCGGUCUACCGAGAACUUUGUGAAGUCCGAGAGGCCUGCCAAGAAAACGAAGAAUGCGAAGCGUAUUUCCAGAAACAGCGCAGCCGAGCCGACCACGCCAUUGCCGAGGUCCAAAAAGGCUUCUUUAGCCUCAUGCGCACCAUAGGCCUCGAACUCGACAAGGCCACAUCGGCUCUGACAAUUCAACGCCGCGGCAAGCCUCGGCCAGCCAUUCUCGACCUCUGCCUGGCGCCGGGUGGCUUCUCUCUCGCUGCCUUGCAGCGAAACGGCUGGUCUACUAUCGUCCGCGGUAUCAGCCUACCCCCUGAGCAAGGUGGUCACAAAGUUCAUCUGCGCAAUGUUUCAUCCGAGGAUAAUACCACUGCAACUAAGUUUGUGGACUAUCGCGACAUCACACUGCUUGCGGAGGAGAUGGGUGUUCCGCUGUCUAAAAUCCCCGCCUCGCAUCCUGAUAGGGAUUUGUUUUCGUCCUAUCGACCGUAUUUAGGACGGAAAUUUGACCUCGUCUUUUGCGACGGGCAGGUUUUGAGGACGCACGAGCGUGGAAAGCACCGCCAAGAAGACGAAGCCCUCCGCCUGCUCACAUCCCAACUCGUCCUCGCGCUUCAACGCAUCCGAUCAGGAGGGACUAUGAUGAUUCUUUUACACGGAGCCGACAAGUGGCCCUCUAUGCGGUCCUCGUUCUAUCUCAUCGUCAAAGGUGUCAAGCCAGGGCGGGAGGCUGCUGUCCAGGCCGUUGAGAGGUGGAAGGUGCAGUGGAAGCUUGCGACGUUUGAAAAUGAGGUGAUGAAUGAGAGGGAAUGGGAGGUUCUUGGAGGGAUAGAGGGCUCGGCGAUGGAGGCAGAGGCUGUGCUGAAGGAAUUCGGAAGUGAGUUGUUGAGGUUGGCGGAGCCCGUGUUUGCCGUGCAGGCGGAGGCGUUGAAACAAGCGCCUUGGAUGAGUAGUGCGAAGGGGAAGGGGAAGGAAAAGGAAAAGGGCGAAGAGAAGAACAAGACUCUGGAUGUCAAACAGGAGGAUCUGAGCUAA